AUGAAACACCUUCAUUAUAUUGAACCAGAGGUCCAACCAGAGGCUGGAAAGGUUGAAACUUUAGACAAAGAAUCCAAAAUAGAGCCUCCUGAGGAAAAGUCUGAGGAGCAGGCAACAACAAUUGACAUUGUGCAAACAUUUGAGGCUAUUGAGAAAAAGAAGAAGCAAGUACAUUUAGAGGCCAGUGAACAACAAAAAGCUAAAGAGGCAGAAGUCCCGAAAGCAGAACCUAAAGAAGCUUCAGAACCAGUUCCCAUUAUUCCUCACUUGAGACCUGCCGAUUACAAGAGGUCCAGAUUACCUAGAAACAGGACAGUCAACCGUGCUUAUGGUGGUGUGUUUUUAGGCAGUGAUAUACGUGAAAGGAUCAUAAGAGCCUUUGUGGUUGAACAACAAAAGAUUAUGAAGAAGGUUUUAAAGAUCUAG